UGGCCAUAGCGCCAUCUGGCAUGCGUUUAGUUUGACAGUGCGAAUUGUGCGAAUUUCACGUGGUUUUGUUUAUCCUGUGCUUUUCUCCGAAUUUUCAGGAUGUCACUGCGAGAUCUCUUCCAGGAGAUCAAGGAGGAGCGAUGUCAAGAGGUGUUUCUGCCCAAAACAAACAGCGUCAUUUUAAAGGACAUUCCAGAGGGAAAUUUGGAUCUUCAGGUUGUUUUUCCGGAUGCUGUGGACUUUGUACUUCAAGCCAAGCAUAAAGGCAUUACAGCGGUGGUGACUUUCAAGACGCCCGAUGAGGCAGCCGAGGUGGUAAAGAAGAAGGUGAACAUCUGUGGCCGGGAGAUCUUGCCAAGACUGCUUGUGGACACUUCUGGGAAGACAGUGAAGCCUCAGAAGCAGAGCAAAGUUGCAAAGAAGAAGGAGGAGGAGGAGGAGAAGAAGAAGAAGACAAAAGUGCCCAUUGUCUUUGAGAAAGUCGAUGCGGACGGAGAAAUCGGGAAGAAGAUCCACUUGUGGAAGCUGACGAAGAACAUAAAACUUCAGGUGAAGCGGAACUGGGAGACUAUCAAGAAGGAGGGAAAGUGUGAGGUGAAAGUGGAGAGGAAGGUGCUGUUCAACAAGGAGAUCUCAUUCAUGCGGAGUCUGAUGAAAUUCCUGGAGAAUCACAAGAAGAACAGCCUGCAAGAGAGCAAUAAUCAGUUCCCCAAUCUGGAUGUGGUGCAGAAGGAUGAACUGCUGUGGCGUCUGAGGCAGGACUUGGUGAGCUGCGUUCAGACACAGCUUGGUGUCAUUCAAUCGGCAAAGAUGCGAGACGGAGACAACAAGACAGAGGCGAAGUUCGCGAAAGAGAUCCACUUCCUAAUGCAAUUCCGUGAUAUUCUGUCGACGAAAAUCAGCCGGAAGCGGGUGAAGAAGGUCAGGAGGGAGACAAAAGGCCCAAAAUAGACUCAACGGA